GUGUCCCCUGCAUGGGGGGAAGAGCCCAGGCCUGGGCUGUGAGGUGACCUGUCACCCCAGCCUUGUCUUGCCCGAUGGGUGGCUUCAGGCGCCUGCCUGCUGCUCUCUGGGUCUCAGUCUUCCCACCUGCAGAGUCAAGCUUUUGUAUGAGCUAACCUGGGGGACCACGCUGCUGCUCCGUCGGCUGGGAGCUUGGGGAGUGUUGGCCAUAGCCCAGGGCUGGGAAAGAAAGGCGACGGGAGAUGAGAGAGCGAAGGAGAAGAGGGCAGGAGGAGAGGAUAGAAGGAAGAAGGUCCCUCUGCAGCCAGACUCCCUCUUCUGGUUCCUUCUCCCCGAGCCUUCAGAGAGAAACUUCUAAGCAGCAGCUCUGGUUGUGCUGUCCUGAGCAUGGGAUGCUCCAAAGGGGACCCGAGAGGCCCUCCUGGCUCUGGCCACCACCUCUCCUUGCCCACGCUCUGCUGUCAGAGCCCCCAGGCCCUGCCCCAACCCCACAGCUAUCGGGGACACCACUGCCGUGUCGCCCCCUCCUGCCUCCAUGGUGCCCGGGGCGCCCCUGCCUGCACAUGCUCUCUCUCUCUCUCCCCCCCCUCUCUCUUUUUUAAAUUUAGGUGAAAUUCACAUACCAUAAAAUUAACAAUUUCAAAAGGAACCAUUCAUUUAGUAUAUGUAUAAUGUACGGCCGCCACCUGUAUCCAGUUCCAACACACUUGCAUCACCCCGAAAGGCAACUUCGCGGCCAUGAAGCAGUCACUCCCCAUUCCACCCUCCCCCAGCCCCUGGGAGCUGCCAGUCUGCUUUUCGUCUCCAUGGAUUUACCUAUUCUGGGCAGCAGGCAGGAUGGCCGGGACUGAGAGAAGCGGGCGGUGACUCGGGUGCCCAGAGUGGCAGCUCCGUCUCCUGAAGAUGAAGUGGCCCAGGUGAAGAGCAGGCGAGGCCCGAUGGCCAGCUCCGGGACAGAGGUGCGCUGGGCCGAGCUGGGCCUGGGGAGGGGGCCCCAGCGGCGGCGCUGGGCCUGGGCCGAAGAGGAAAAGGUUGCCAAGGGGAGCGGGGGGAAAGAGGUGGCCUUUCCCAGUGCCACCAGCCCCGAGCUCCUGGAGGACUUCCGGCUGGCCCAGCAGCGCCUUCAGCCGCUGGAGUGGGACCCGGACCCGCGGGCUGCUGAACGCCAAGAUUCUGAAUCGGGAGAGUCUGCAGGAGAGGAGUUUGGAGGAGAGGAUGUGGACAGCCCAGAAAGUUCCAACUUGCCUCUCAACUGGAUCCCCCAGCAGGAUCCUCACCUGGCCAUGACUGAAGAUGAUCCGGAUGAAGCCCUUGGAGAUCCUGAGGUGGGGGGAGCUGGAGAGAGCUCCCCAAGAUCGGAGUAUGAGACUGGUCUCAGCUCAGGGGACAAUGGAAAUACCAGCCCCAGCGCUCUGGGGUGGGGUCAGGACAUGGGCUGGGUGGCCUCUGGCAAACAAGCCAGUGGAGACAAACUUCCAGAACAUUCUGAGGACAACCCAACUGUUGACCUCAGCUCUGCAAGGUCCUGGAGCAGUGGGACCAUGAGCCUCGACCACACCAAUGAUCACCUUGAUUCUACCUGGGAAGGAGAAACUGAUGUCCCCCAGCCCGUCGCGCUGGCAGAAACCUUACCACAGAGCUCCAGCCACCACCUCCUAAACCCAGACACCAGAACUGGAGGAAGUGUUGCUCUGGCAACCCCCACGGAAUUCCAGGACUCCUCAGUACCCCAGGCCCAGAGCCUCCAGUGUCCGGCAGAUAAGUGGAAAGAAAGUACCAACCUCUCCUGCCCUCAGUUGGGGGACCAAGCCUGGAAACGGACACGGACAUCCCCUAAGCCACUCCCUUCUCGAUUCACCGGCUCCAUCAGCCCCCUGAAUCCACCUAGGCCAGGCCGACAAGACAGGCUACCACCCAGGCAGGGAGCCACUCUGGCUGGCCACUCGUCUUCUGAUGCCUCCAAAUAUGGGCGGGGGCAGCUGAACUACCCGCUCCCUGAUUUCUCCAAGGUGGGACCCCGGGUAAGGUUCCCCAAAGAUGAGAGCUACCACCCCCCCAAGGCCAGGAGUUACAGCAGGCAGCCUCAGGGCCCUGCCAGGCCGCUGAUCUUCAAGUCACCGGCUGAGAUUGUGCAGGAGGUACUGUUGAGCAGCGGAGAAAUCUGCCCGGCCAAGGACCCACCUCCUACACACCCCAUCACCAGGGUACCCCAAGAAUUUCAGACGCCCGAACAAGCCACCAAGCUGGUCCAUCAGCUCCAGGAGGACUACCACAAGCUCCUCACCAAGUACGCUGAGGCCGAGAACACCAUUGACCAGCUGCGCCUUGGGGCCAAGGUGAACCUGUACUCGGACCAGCCCCAGCCCAGCCACAGCAUGCAUACAGGGACGGUGCCCCAGGGGACCAAGGUCUUGUCCUUCAGCAUCCCACAGCCCCACUCUGUGCUGUGGUGGUCGGGCCCUACCGAAGCCCCACAGACUUCUGGGACCUCAGGGUGGCCGUCAGCUCAAGGAGACCUGAACCCCUCCUUGUCUACCCCAGCGUGGCUUCUGGAGAACCCGGUCAUCACCCAGGACCAGCCAUCAGCAGAACGGACCCAGGAGUUGGCCACUCAGGCCAGCCGGUUCAUGGCCAAGGUGGAGGCCUUUGCAGCACUGAUGCAGGCGGGACGGCUGACAGCCCAGGACCAACUCAAGGUCUUCCAGCGCCUAAAGGCUGUCCAUACAGCCCUGGAGGAGGAGUACCUGAAGGCCUGCAGGGAGCAGCAACUGGCCCAGCAGCUUGCCGGCUCCCCGGGGACACCUGGAAAAUUCGAUCCUGGCAGGGAGCUAGAGGAGGAGAUAUUCCAGCUGGGAAUUCGCCUGGAAGAGCUGAAGGACCACAUGGACCAGAACCAGCAGGAGCCUGAGCGAGUCGGGUCAGACUGCACUCCGGACAGCCUCGCAGCCUCGCCCUCCCCGCACCAGCCGGCGUGCCUGCCUUCUCCUUCAGGACAAGCCUCCAACCCCGCCAUCCAUACCCUCUGCCCUCAGCCUGAUGCCGCCAGCAGCAUGGGCCCCUGCGCAUCGCCCGUAAACGUGGAGCUUAGUGCUGCCAGCAAUGAGGGGGAGGACAGGCCCCUGGGCCUCCCGGCCCCUCUCAGGCCCAAGGAGUUGCAGGUGGAGCAGGAUCUCCAUGGCCUCCUGGAGCGGUACCUCAGCGUGAAGUCCCUCCCAGAAGCCAUGAAGAUGGAGGCGGAGGAGGAGGAAGACGGGCAAGGCCACAUAGUGGAAGUGGACGGGCCAGCUCCAGCUCCAGGAAACUCCGAGGCCACCAGGAUCCCCAUAAGGCAGCUCCCAGCACUGGCCAAAAGAAGUCACAGGACCCCCCUCAAGGAGCCUGUGGAGCAGAUGGGGUCUGUAAAGCCAGCAGGCGUCCAUGUAUCCACGGCCAGAGAUGGGUACCUCCAGGGCCUGCACAAAGCCAAGGCAGCCCCUCCAGGCCCGAGCAGGCCACCCCACCCUCGGGGCACCAGGACUGCAGGAUCGCACCAGAGCAGUCUGACCAGCUUAGAGGGAAGUGGCAUCUCCGAGCACCUUCCCCAGAAGUCUCUGCACCAAGCUGGGGGGCCCCACCUAGAGGAGCCCUGGAUGGCGUCCCCGGAGACUGACAGUGGCUUUGUGGGCUCAGAAACCAGCAGAGUGUCGCCCCUCACCCAAACCCCGGAGCACCGGCUCUCCCACAUCAGCACUGCAGGAACAUUGGCCCAGCCAUUCACUUCAUCUGAGGCCCAGGAUGCAGCCUCCCACCCCCAGACCAGCGGUCCUCCAGUCCCCAGAAGAGCCUCGGAGCCCAGCACACCCAGGAGCCGAGCCCAGAGGCGACCCUCGAGCCGGGCCAGUCCCUUGCCGCAGAGGGCACCGAGCCUCUGCGAGGAGCGGGCGCUGGUGGCCGAGAUGGCGGUCCCUGGCCCAGAGUUCGAGGGGCGAAAGCGGCUUUCCGAACAGCUCCCCGCCAGAGCCACAAUCAGCCCCCCGCCCACCCUGACCCCUGCAGCUGCCACUCUGCCCCAUGGAACAGCAGAGAGCACCGGCGCCUUCCUCCUCACCAGGACAGGGCGAGACCAGGCCAUCCGAGAGCUGCAAGAGGAGGUGUCUCGGCUCCGUCUACGGCUGGAAGACAGCCUGCACCAGCCAGCCCAGGGCAGCCCGACGCACCCGGCGUCCACCCUCCACCGCCCCCCCCGGGCCCGGGCCCGGCCGGCAGAUGCCUCCACUUCCUGGGGCUCCCACUAUGGCAGUAAAUCCACAGAGAGAUUGUCUGGUGAGCCUGGAGGUGGGGAGCGAACGGAGCCCGCAGGAAGGCGGCGAGCCAGGUCUUCCUCAGUGCCUCGGGAGGUGCCCCAACUGUCCCUGACUUCUGAAUCUGAGCCACCCUCCCCCCAGUGGUUCUCUGAGAAGAGCCGGACCACCGAGGACAGUGCACAGUCAGCUCGGGACGGAAUGAGAGGAGUCGGCGGCCCCAGGCGGCCAGACAGGGUCACCUUCUGGGGCCAGUACACAGGCCAGGAGUACCAUGUUCUGACCCCCAAGUCGGCCCCAAGAGGCAGCGGCUCGGUCUCCUGUCCCCACUGCCGACCUGCUGGGACCCAGGACUCAGGUGGUGCUGUCACCAGGGACCCACCAGGACCGUCCCCCGCUGAUCCCCUGAGAUGCGCCCUGUGCGGUCAAGUUGGGCCCCCCCCAGCGAUGGAUGGCCCGGACUCAGCCACCUCGGGGCCAGACAGGGCCGCCAGCAGGAGAAACGCACGCACGGCCCCCAGCCCCACACAGCGGAGCAAGCGUGUGGGGUCGCCAGCCCGGCCGCCCCCUGGACUGUGGUAUCUGGCGGCGGCGCCCCCGGCACCGGCCCCCGCCGCCCUCACCUACAUCUCCUCGGUUCCCAUCAUGCCUCAUCCAUCAGCCACUGUGUAUUACGUGCCUCCAGGACCUACCUCCGCUUCCUUGGCCCACCCGGCCCCCGCCGAGUGGCCCCCCACGGCCCCCUCCCGACCGGCCGGGGGCCACCGGCACUCCAUCCAGCUGGACCUGGAGGACCUGGAGGAGCUCAACAAGGCCCUGACCCAAGCCGUGCAGGCUGCCGAGAGCAUCCGCUCUACCACCAAGCACAUGAGCCGCUCCCUGUCUGCCGACCUGCGCCAGGCCCGAAGCCUGCGGGGCUCCUGCCUCUUCUGACUUCACUGGAGACUCAGAGCCAGCUGGUGGGGGCAGGUGGGCAGGCAGCCUGCUGCUGUCCCCCGGGCCAGGAGUCGGCUGGAGCCACUCCUGAAGGCCCCGUAGGCCCCUCCUGAGAGGUCUCCUUCUAGCACAGGGCCCGCCUGCUCAGUGUCUUCAAAGCGCAAGGGCUGUUGGCCUGGUCAUCAAGAGAAGGAACUUCCCGGGGGCCCAGCCUCUCAGGAAGUGCUGGGACCGAGGCCAUCUUCUGCCCAGAUGCAAUCUCUGGGGGGUCUCCUGGUCCUGCACUGUCCACCUCUGGCUAAUAUGUAUUUCCUAUACAGAUGGACAGAUUUUUGUUUUUUUAAACAGAGCUUUCCUGGUCUUAGAGCCAACCUACAAGGCCAAAUAAGAAGGGCUAGGGCCGGGGUCUCUGGUGCAAACGUGUCUCCUCAGCCGUGACCGGCCCCUGCAGAGGCGGCAUCUCUGGGAAGGGCACUUCGGGGCCACUGAAACGUCAAGAUGCCGGGGCCCCAGGAUGACGUGCACGCAGCUUCUCCGUGGCUGGAGAGGCCUUUCCCAUGGGCCUGCUGGGAAGGGAGACCCCCCCCGGGGAGGGCCUAGGAAGCUGUCCACCAUGGGCCCUCUCUGUACCUCAUCCCGGCGCCCCCAACUCUGUCCUGGGAUCCCUGUGGAAUUUGCCUAGUGGCCAGCUGCCUGCCAGGCCCCACUCCGCAGCCGGGGGGCCAGCCCAUCUCCUGUUCCCCACCUCGUAACAGCGAGUACCUCAGCUUUUCUGGAAUGCGUAUGCAUCAGUAAUAUUUGUAUAUUUGGCGUGUUUAAAAAUCUAUUUUCGUUAUGAGGGCAAAUGAAGAAGAAUGAAUAUUGAUCCUUUUUAAAAAAAAAAAGAAGAAAAGAAAAAAAAAAAAAAAGAAAACAUUCCUAAAAGCUGCUCACAUCUGUGGUGUGUGUCAUGGACUUACGGUUUCUUAACUCAAAUUUGUGGGGUGGAAGAGUCAAUGAGGAGCCGAACCCUGCCCGCGGGGGCCUUGCCCGUUUCCAGACUCUGCCUGCCUGCCUUCCUGUGGUGGCUUCUGUUUCUCCAGCCUUCCCCCAGGCCUGUCUCAGGACCCUAGACCUUAUGACAAGCCCCUCCUUACCGAGUUCAGAGCCGUUAGGAGACACACAGCAGAUCGCUGUCUGCCAAAGCACGAGCCUGGACUCUCUUUCCGGUGCUCGGUUUAGUAGCGAACAGCAACAGCAGCCACACUUUACUGAGCACCCACUAGACGCCAAUCCUUGAGCUUGGUACUCAGCACGGCAGGCUGCACAGGGUGCACGCCAGCCCUCCAGGCCCCCUCCACGUCCCCCCUUCGUGGACGAGAGACGGAGGUUCCAGACGGCUAUCUGCACCGCCUCACGACGUCUGACUCCGAAGUCUGUUUUCUUCGUUACUGUGCUUUCCUUCGUGAGCCUUUCUCCCUGCCGCCCUCUGGCCUGCCCUGGGCUUUUUCUCCAGCCCCCUCCCCGCGCCUCACACUUGCUGCUCCCUGCCCACCAGGCCCCAUGGCGAUUUCAUUUUCCCGUGGGUCCUUCUCAGUGGAGUUGGAAAUGGCAGAGAUUUCUUGUAGGCUCUGAGCAUCCGGGUCCACCCUGCCCUGGGUGGCAGGAUGAGGGCAGGAAGGGGGAGCCAAGGGCGCGGGGGUGGGGGCCCAGCGCCGUGUCCCCAGCCUCAGUGGCCUGGGCGCCGCGUGGCUCCCGCUGUGAGCCAAGGACGCUGCAGUCUGGGCUCCGUGCCGCCCGGCUCUUGGGAGGGUGGUGGCGUGUGAGACAGGGUUACGGCCCUGUCACUCUGGAUGGCGUAGGCCGCUCACGCACCGAAUUGCCUGGACAACGUGGCCCCAACUCUUCUGGCACCUGAGUGGUGCUGCUUCCCUCCCGUGCCGGUAACUCACAGAGCCGGCGGGCGUGGAAGGAAGCCGGCCUUUCUUGCUGAACUCCUGGGUUCGGGGGCUCAGUUGUCUUCGUGCCUCUACGUGGGCUUGCCUCCGACAUGGCCCCAUCUCCAGGGCUCCAAGCAUAUUUGCAAGGUGGCUGGUUUCUAGGGGCCAAACUCACCCCUCGGUUUAUCCUUGUGGGCGUCAGAUGGGCACCCCGAGGACACUCCCUGGAGACACACAGCCCCUCUGCCUCGCCCCGGCCUGCCUCUGCCCAGGCUCCCCCGUCUUGCCAGGAUGCUCACAGCUGCCUCUGCCAGACCCUUUCUGCCCCUGGGCCGGCCCCCUCCCAACUCGCCUCCCCAGAGGGCCACGGUGAUGUGUGAGGUGAGGGCCCUCAUGCUUGGCCACCACCACACGCCAGAGUCCUACAUCCCUGCCCCAUUCACCGGAACUCCUCCCAGGGCUCUCUGCCUCAGUGUUUCUCAAACACAUCCUCUCAGAUCCUUGGCUUACAGCUGGAACAGCAGGUGUUAUCAGCUCCAAAUCUUUCUAGACUGGUUCAGAUGCCCCUUCCAGGAAGCCUUCCCAGACUUCCACUGCAGAAGGAACCUCCCCCCAUGCUGGGCUCCCACAGCACUGUGUGCCUACCAUCGUCCCAGCUGUGCUGGGUCAGCGGGGGCUCUUCCCACCAGGGGCAGGGGCUUAGCCAGUGAUCAGCCAGGGCUCAGCUCAGGGCAGGCUUCAACGUGCAUGAAUGGGUGAGCGACGGAAGGAGCAAACAACCACCUGACCCCUGUUUCAAAUGCAGAAGCUUUAUUGAUGGCCCUGAGACAAAAACCUGAUGUCCAAAGGGUGGGCCCCAAGGUCCCCAAGGUCCUAACCCAGUGCUGUGUCUCCCUCCCUUUCCUUCAGCCUUUCUUCCUUGUGCUCCUUCUCCAGUGGCCCA